GCGGCACGUAACCGUCACAUUGUAAAUGCAAAGCUUUACCAGUUUCGGACAGUAUAACCCGUAAUAUUGUCCAAAUUCCCACAUAUCAAGUUACGCCCUUCCCUUAGCCAUAAUGGCUACCGUCGAGCCGGGCUGUGAGGAUGUCAGCAGCGAAAAGCAGCCAGCUGCACGCUGCGGUCGUGAUAAUUCACCCAACUUUUGCCGAUAAAAGUCUUUUCUUUGCGUCAAAAUAGAUGGACUGAACAUGUGAGGGUUUUACAAAGCCCACUUCGGUUAACAUCCCUUAAAAUCGCGCAAAACUGCGGUUUCAAUUCCGCAAAGCGCGGGGAGCCCCGAUUAUUUUGCUCAAAAAUUGACAGUUUUGAAAAGCGGGACUCCGUAAUACACAGAUAAACCAACAUUACACCGGGGAACAUGGAUGAACAAACUCCUGGAAAGCUGUUAUAUGAAAGUCGCCCCCCUCCCUAGUCUACUGUAAGCAAGAUGGCGACCACUGACGAGGUCACUGUGUCCAUGGGAGAAGUGGUAAUGGUGAAGGGUGAUGGUGAGAGUGACCCCGAUGAUCCAAAUAAGACUCAGGUCAUCCUGCAGCUCCAACCAAUUGCCACUGGAGAUGAAUCUGCUGAAACAGAUGCAGCUGUCAUGGCUGUUGAAGCACAUCCAGAACAAACAGAAGGAGAUGAUGUAGAGAUUGGCUGUCCCAUUACAUGCGGCGAUUGUAAAGCUGUGUUGCUAGUGAAGAAAUUUGUGUGUCCAGGAAUCAAUGUAAAAUGUGUGAAGUAUGAAGACCAGCUGAUCAGCCCAAAGCAGUUUGUGCACAUUUCUGGAAAAGCCACUCUGAAGGACUGGAAGAGAGCAAUCAGGAUGGGUGGAGUCAUGCUAAGAAAAAUGAUGGAUUCAGGUCAGCUUGACUUCUACCAGCACAGCACCCUGUGUACCAACACAUGUCGCAGCACCAAGUUUGACCUUUUAAUCAACAACACGCGGUUCCCUCCAGACGGCAGUGGGCUCGCCACGCCCACGUCCACUCAAGCUCAGAUGGUUGUGGGUAAUGGUCGUCAAGUGGUUGAGGAGAGAGGAGACGUUCUGAGUGGGAAGGUGGACUGGCCCUCGGGUUCACUGGAGUCUGCAGACAAGAAGGAAUCCACUGAGAUCUCAGAGGACACGCUGAACUUCUGGAAGGGUAUUGCUGAUGUGGGUUUGCUGGGUGAAGUGGUGACCAACAUCAGUACAGAACUGCUGGAGAUGCUGAGCGGCGUACAGCAGCGCAGGGAGCCGGCUGCCUUACAGGACACAGAUUCCUGUCUGGUAGAGGUGGCGGUGCUCAGUAACCUUGCCCAAGUGUUUGGCCUCCUUGACUCAGUCAAGAAGAUCUUGGAAAAGAGGAAGAAGCAGACUGACCCGAGCCAGGAGCAGGUCCUCAGCACACUCACCAACCUGGAGGUGCAGCUGGAAGAACAGAGGAAGCAGCAGCAGGUGCGGGCUUUUCUCUCCUGCCCACAGCCUGCCAAAAAUAAAACUCAUACUAAGCGCCAGACCAAGCGGCCUCGUCUCCAGAGACCUGCCUCCACCACUGCCCUCCUGACCUCCCCUAUCAACCAGCAAGCUGCCCUGCAGCCCCAGCAGUUCACCGUUCUUUCUCCCAUCUCGCUGUCCUCAGUGAGUCAGCCGUUCACCGUGGCAGGCCUACCCAUCGCCUCCCUGGCCCAGUCCUCCAACACGGUCACCUUGCUCCCUGCUGGCUCACAGCUCUUCACCCGCUACAUGGUAACCGGAGAUGGAAAGGCAGACACGAUCACCUUGCAUCCAUCCUCGGGCCUCACGCUGGUGGGCUCCACCGCUGUGCAGGACUCCAGCCAGCUGGGCGCAGUGGUAAGCCCCGUAGAGCUGGUGCAACUGAGCCAGCAGGCCAGUGGUGCAGAAGUGGUCCCCAUCCAAAGCCAGGUGGUGGACGGCACUAUGCUGGUGCAGCAGGAAGUGAUGCAGGGUGAGGUAGAGACUGGCCAGGAGCACACGGUCAUCGAGAUCAACCCGGGUCCGGUGGAGCAGGCGGUUGGUGUGAUGGAGCUGCAGCUGACUGGGGAGUCGGGCAGAGACGGGGCUGCUAUGGUGGUCCAGAGUGGGAUGGAGGUGACGAUGGCUGCAGAGGGGGAAGAGACUCAGUGCCAAAUACAUGAGGUCCAAAACGAAAGUGUUCAGGAGCUGCAGCUGGAUGGCAGUGGACAGUUGUCAGGUGUACAGAUAGUGGUGAUAGAAGAAAAUACUCAGGAAGAAAACAAGGUCAAAUGAGGCCACGCCUCUGUUUUUCUCCAGCCGAACUCAUUUUGAGCUAUUACAGACUUGUGAAACACCGAAUUUCAAAAUCCAGAAAUUGCCUUGGCCUAAGACCAAGCACUAGGGUAGCCAUUUUUUUUAGUGCGUGUGUGUAAUGUCCCAACAACGUGUUGACUUUUAUUAAAACAAAGAGGCAUCACAGCAAAGAAGAUAGUGUAUUCUUCUGUUUGUUUUGUAUUAAAAGGAUAGUUUUGGUUUAUUACAACUUUUCUAGUUUGGCUAUCAUUUCUAUUUAUAAUAUUAAUGCUGUGCUUGGCAAAUACGGUAAGCAUGUGAGUGCUGAGAUCUGGAAAUGUAGACUUCACUUAAAGGAAAUCAGCGCACUCCGGUGAGUCAGAGACAGGUAGUAAGCAAACCCCCACAUUACCUGAACUUGUUCGACAGAGUAAAAGAAGGAAAACUGUAAAAAUACUACCCAAACUGUAAACAUCCACCCCAGUUUAUGGACUGACUCCAGCCUACUGAAGAUGAAUUUACACUGUUUAAAGUACAGUGGUGGAUUUUACCAAGAUUUCAGGUGUGCUCACUAUCCUUUUUAUCUCCGGAUGAAGCUGAUCAGAUAGGAUGUUUCCAAACCCUGGCUCCUGGGCCAGUACCAGGCCUUCGAGUAAUUUUCCGCUGGGCUGUGACAAAAAAUAUGGUUUGGCAGGAAAAGAGUAAUAAUUUUAUACCACUGAAGUGAUUUUGAACUAAACAGUGUCCUCAGUGUUUCCUAUUUAGGUACUGGAUUUGAUCUGCGGCCGGGUGUCGUGCUCAUUUUACUCUUGCCACCAACCAGCUGAGGUCUGAAAAAGUAAAAUAUUGAGUUAGAAUAGGAGUUUGAAAGAGCUAAAAAAAAAAAAAGAAGGAAGGUGAGGUGAAAGGCCUAACGUGUGUGUGUUCUUACAUCCAGACACUACUUAGCAGAAAUGCAGACUGGAAACAGUCUUGUGUUAAACAGCACAGGAGCCGUGUUGUUUAACAUAACACCAACAUAGAAGCACAUUGGCUUUAAAGGCUGAUCAGAUGGCAGAACUUUGCACAACAUUUUAGAAUACUCAAGAGACUCGAAUGCAGCACUCUGGAAAGUCAUCUCUGUUGCAAAUUUUAGUUUAGCUUUCAUUAGAAAUACAGCAUUUGUGUUACAAUUGACCAGAAAUAAAAUAAUAAAAUAAAGUGUAGUUGAUUUGUCACUGCUGCAUCUUGUGAGGUGACGUUACACUAGACUGCAACAAAAGUUGCUAAAGCCCUCUGCACUGGCACCCCCGCUGCUCCAACAGACUGACUAAAUAAUUGCCUAAAAGUUUUACUUGUUUUCCAACUGUGAGAUCAUCUCACUGCUUGUACCUUCUGUUCCUACUUGGUUGUUGUGUUCCCAGAUCUCAGCAGUUACAUUGGUUAGUGAUGGAAACACUUGCCAAAGCUGUAACAAACCAGAAACAUCCUUUAUUGGCCUCUGUGAACAACCAGAGGACAAGAGAAUGCACUGUAACUAUAAAGUCUACAUGCAGGGCUGUUUUGGUGCUGCCUGGUCAGUUCUCAUCCUCUUGGUGGCAGCAGGCUGUAACUUACAGCCCUCUGCUGUCGAUCAGACACAUUACCACUAUUAAUGUUGGUGCCACUCAAGGCUGGGAUUAAUUGCACUGUCUGUUGUGUUGUAGUGUUGCAUCCAAGCUGUGUUGUUUUUGCACUGUGUGAUGUCCUUAUAGGACUACAGGAAGAGGUUUGCAACAAUGCCUGUGUUCUACACAUUUCUUUAGAAUUUGGCUGCACUGUUGGGUGUGCAGAGUGUGUUUAUGUGCAUUGUUACAUGGCAGCAGACUGAAAUUCUCUGGUAUUGUAUUGCUUUUGCACUUACUCUCUUGGUGAUUUCUUAGCCCCUGAUUUUUUUUUUCUUUUAAGUUUUUUUAACUUUAUUUUGUGUGUGUGUGUGUGUGUGUGUGUGUGUGUGUGUGUGUGUGUGUGGACAAAACUCCACUGCUUUGGAAAGACUGUCUCCGCGUUUUCCACAUCUACUGCUUUAUCUCAUUAUUAUGGGUAGUGUAAACUACUGGGCUGAUCGUUUAAGUCAAUAUAUAAAAAAGCAUAUAUAAAUUUAGUGUCAAACUUGGUAUGCCUGUAUUUUAUACUUGUAAAGUAGUGUCAUAUUUAUUUAGUUUUCAAGCAGAAGAUAUGGUGUCUCUGUUAAACCUGGAUGAAUUUAUGCUCUUGGCUUUAAGUCCCAUCAACAAAGACCUGUUCAUGAUUUGUGUAUUUCCAAUAAUUUAAUUUAACAAUUGAGGGUAUUUGCUGACUGACUGAAUUUGUAACGUGUUUUAAUAUCACAUUAAAACUGAAAAAACAAGUGAGGGGUUGUCAGUGCUUCACCACUAGAUUGCGCUGUGUGCUCACUUCAUUACGGUCUGAAACUGGAUAUGAGGGUUACAGCUGUGUUAAUAGAGAGUGAAAAUAGUUUGCUGCUGCAAUCUCUGCCUCCUUCAUGUGUCAAGCUUACUGCAGCAUACAGUGUAAUCUGCACCAUUAUGGUUGCUGUUCAUGAUGGGCAGGCCUGUCUUUAGCCUGAGCUGUGCUGACGGCACCAGGGCUCACUUGUUAUUACAGCCCCUAACACUCCCUGACAGGCUGUAUGAGGGGAAGGCCAUGAGGAUUUGGGUAAUACAAACACAAAAGCAGGCACAUAUACAAACCACAAGGCUGAAAUGGACACCGAAAUAAACUGGUUGUGUGUGUGGGUGGUACAAAAGAGGAAGCAUCCAAGCAUCAGCAGGCGAAUGUGAAGCUGGUGGGGGCCAAGUGAAGGCUAAAAGCAUGAGAAACACCACCACAGGGCCAUUGUGUGGUGUAGGAAGAAGGGAUAUGCUGGCUGAGUAAAUUACAGAGUUGUUCCAAAGGCCUUAUAUUAGGUUUCCUCAGGUUGUGCCCAAGACAAAGGAAACGGGCACAAAACACCGGUUUCAUGUUGACGGCUUGACUCCCAAAGGGUUGAAAGGCUGUUAAACAAGAAGACAACAUGGCUGACAUUUUGUCAGUAUCACCUUGGUUAUAGUGAGUUUAGCAGAGAACAGGCAUAUGAGCUUGACACCAUGUAGUCAGUGAACAGGCAGGACAGAUUCAGGCUUUAUCUCUCGCAUUAGAGGAGGAAACAGGCUCAUAAACUGUCACCACCUUCCAUCUGGCUCCACCAGCUCCUCAGAACAACCUAGCUUUUUAGCUGCUUUAAUGCUCCACUGUGUUCACCAGAUCGUUGCUAACUUUGUCUCUGCUAUUUUGGUGCUGCACAUUCAGUUUAUUCGAGCUUCUCCACUGACCAAAGAAGCCUGCUGCUGCUGCUGGAACCAAAGCUGAAAAGAAUGCAGUUUGUGUGUAGAAAAUUAAAACCAGGAGCUAUGGCUUUCUCAUUAUAUGUAAUAAUUUGAUCUGCUAAUAUAUAAGACCGGAAGUCUACUAGAAGCUCUGCGAGGGUGCACUUAGCAGUGCUGAGCUAAAUGCUAAUAUCUGGGGAAAUGCUGUCAUAUACCACAUGUUAUUACUGUUUACACUGCACCCACCACAACAGCAGCAGUUUAAAACAUCAUUUUCACGGUUUUUUCACUCAUUUAGGCUUUCAGGUGUCCAACAGUUUAAUAACUGAACAGCCACAGUUUGAUUAGCAUUUUUUGAUAUGCAUAAUUUAUAGAAGACGCACACACAUUCUGUUGUUAUGCUUCCACACUGGCAUAGCUGUGGCUGGAGCCAUUGUACUUUAGGGUUGUCCAUCCAUAUGGCUCUUUCUUGUAAACGCAAUAUCAGAUCUCUCCCAUUUGCAUGAAUUUGACCAGUUGGUGGAGGCACAGAACCACAAAACAGCAAUUUUUAAGUUGUGUUCAUAUUUUUUAUGCCUUUUAUUCCUAUUU